CAUUACUUCACGCCACAGCAGUGCCACUCUCAAUAUGGCGGCGAAGUUGACGUACGAUGCUGCUGAUCUUGCGGCGUCUAGUAGUAAUUCUGUCUAUGCCUGCAGACAGAUACAAUUGGGCUCGCUUAACUGUCACGUGAUCCAAUCCGCAGGAUGACGUCAUCCAACGCGACGGCUACUGCUUUGUGAAACACUACGGACGCAAGACUGUUGCUGAGUGAACGAGUUCAGAAACAACCCCAUCGUCAAGAGGCAGGCAAUAGAGAAAAAUCUGUCAUUUACUGUAACAUUUAAAUGGCUGUGAAAGAAGAGACUUGUGUGGCUGACAUGAAUAUCAUGGAGGAGAGCACCAUAAAUGUUAAGGAGGAGGAGGAGGAGGACUGUGAGUGGGAGAGGGUCCACCCCAAACAGGAGAGUCUGGACAUUAAGAAAGAGGACAGUGAACUGGGGUCAGUGAAUAUUAAAGAGCAGGCUGAAGAGGAGUGUGUCAGCACUGAGGUGGCCAGCUUUAGGAGUAUGGAGAGUGUCAAGGAAGAUGACCUUCAUUACAGAGAUCAAGAUGGAGCAGUGACCGGGUUAGUCUCUUCUCAUAGCAGACACUCUUCAUCUCUGGAGUCUUCUAUCAGUGUAAAAUAUGAAUCAUUACAGUCUGACAGAAAGAUGACUGAAGGAAUUUCAUCUCCUACAACUGAGGAAGGUCAGCCACCACCUAAGACGUCAUCUAAAACAAGAAUCAAACUUCACUGUUCUGAAUGUGGCAAACAGUUUUCAAAAGGAUUCCAACUUCAAAGGCACCAAAGACUUCACACAGGAGAGAAGCCAUAUGACUGUUCUGAGUGUGGUAAAAAGUUUUCACGUAGAAGCCAUCUUCAAAGCCACCAAAGAAUUCACACAGGAGAGAAGCCAUAUUGCUGUUCUGAAUGUGGAAAAACAUUUUCACAGAAAAAUAUUCUUCAAAGCCACCAAAGAAUUCACACAGGAGAAAAGCCGUAUGACUGUUCUGAAUGUGGUAAAAUGUUUUCACGGGGAAGCCAUCUUCGGAGCCACCAAAGAAUUCACACAGGGGAGAAACCAUAUUUCUGUUCUGAAUGUGGAAAACAAUUCUCUCACAGUAGUCAUUUUCAGAUACACAUUAAAUCUCACUUAGGAGAGAAGCCAUAUUGCUGCUCUGAAUGUGGCAAAAAGUUUUCACAGAUAAGCCAUCUUAAGAGCCACCAAAUAAUUCACACAGGACAGAAGCCAUAUUGCUGUUCUGAAUGUGGCAAAAUUUUUUCAUGGAGCAGUGAAGUAGUAAUCCACCAAAGACUUCACACAGGAGAGAAGCCGUAUGACUGUUCUGAAUGUGGUAAAAAGUUUUCAAUAAGAUUCCAACUUCAAAAGCACAAAAGAAUCCACACAGGAGAGAAACCCUAUGACUGUUCUGAAUGUGGCAAAAAGUUUUCACAGAGAAGCAGUCUACAGAAACAUCAAAGAAUCCACACAGGGGAGAAGCCAUAUUGCUGCUCAGAAUGUGGUAAACAAUUUUCGGAUCGCAGCAAUUUUCAACGCCACAAAGUAAUUCACGCAGGAGAGAAGCCAUAUUGCUGUUCUAAAUGUGGCAAAACGUUUUCACAGAGAAGCCAUCUUAUAAACCACCAAAGAAUUCACAAUGGAGAGAAGCCAUAUUGCUGCUCUGAAUGUGGUAAGCAGUUUUCACAGACAGGCAAUCUUCAGAGUCACCAAAGAAUUCACAGGAGAGAGAGAAAAAAAUGACAAACUCCCCCACCUUG